AUGUCAAAACGAAAUUCAAAGUCCAAAAGCAAUGCAGAACGAUUAGAACAACUUAGAACGAGGGUAAUGAUUGAGAAGGAAGGAGUAGGAAGUAUUUCUUCAAGUGAAUUUCCCUAUCAUAGUUCGAAUCGUCACCAAGAUAUUGAUUACAUUAAAGAAUUUAUAAAGAAAUUCAGAGUUAAAAUUAUCAGAAAAGAACAAUAUGACAUGGAGUUUGAUUUAAUUGGGGUCGAUACUGCCAUAGCAAACGCGUUAAGGCGUAUUAUGAUCGCCGAGGUUCCCACAAUGGCUAUAGAGAAAGUUUACAUUUAUAAUAAUACUUCAAUUGUACAAGAUGAAGUGCUCGCACAUCGAUUAGAUAUGAACACGAUCGUAUUUAAAAUUGAACAUGAAUGUACGUUCAAUCCUAAGGCUCGAGAAGGUGAAACAGAUCCACAAAAGCUAUAUAUAGGCCACAACCUUUUAUCUGAUUCUUUAAUUUGGAUUCCAAAAGGGGACCAAGAAGAACAAUAUGCAAGUUGCCCCAUCAGACCAGUUCAUAAUGAUAUUUUAAUUGCGCAAAUGAGACCAGGCCAAAAAAUAAAGUUAGAAGCUCAUUGUGAAAAAGGGAUUGGAAAAGACCAUGCAAAAUGGUCACCAGUUGCAACUGCAUCAUACCGACUGAUGCCAGAAAUAAUUUUAAAAAAGGAAAUCACUGGAGACUUGGCAGAUAAAUUUGCUGCUUGCUUCACUAAGGGAGUUGUCGAAGUAGAAAAUAGAUAUGGCAAACAUUGCGCCAAUCCUGACUGCAAACAAUUAGACUAUCUCCCCAUUAAGUGUCAAUAUUGUAAGAAAGAUUUUUGUGCUGAACAUUCAAAGCCUAUUGAACAUAAUUGCAAUGAGGCACCUAGCGGAGACGGUGAGCGAGUUCCCAUUUGUCCCUUGUGUAAUACACCUGUCCCAGUUAAAAGAGGCGAAGAUCCUAAUGUUAGAAUGGAUCAACAUAUAGCAAACGGUUGUCGUCCACCAGCUAAAACUACUUCAACAAAGCCAUUCAAUGCAUGUUCUUUUGGCAAAUGCAAAGAAAGAGUUGCUGUUCGUCUGCUGUGUUCUGGAUGUGGCAAAAAUUAUUGUAUAAAACAUCGUUUGGGGCCUGAUCAUAUGUGUGAUAAAGUGAAAAUAGAUAAUAAAGUAAACAACUUUUCAUCCAUUAUAACUUCAAGGAGUUCUCCUAUCAAAGCCUGGGUUGGAAAGAUGUUCAAAUAG